AUGGGUAUAUCGAAUGGAGUGAAAUUUAUCCUAUUCACCUUUGCCCUCCUCCUGGCCACCUUGGCUUUGAGCCAUGCCGAAGAUGUGAACGUAUGUUCCGGCGUUGCUGAUAACAUUUUCCUACCCGUUUUGGGUAAUUGUUCGGAAUACUACGUGUGUAUGGAUGAGACACCCGUUAAACGUAGCUGUGUAGAAGGAUAUCUCUUCGAUUCACGCGUCCAAUCCUGCACCUUACCCCAAGAUGCUCAAUGUAUACAGAAUUGUACGGCAGCAUUGUCGUCAUUCUGUUAUGAUCGUACAUGCACAAAGUAUGUUCUAUGUUAUGCCGGUACGCCUGUCGUUCGCGAAUGUUGUGAUGGCCUGCAGUAUAAUUCGGAAACCGAUCGUUGUGAUUUUCCACAAUAUGUCGAUUGUGUCGAUAAUAUGUGUACCAUUUUCAAUGAUCCGACGAAUAUUACAUUUUUACCCAGCAAGGCAUAUUGUGAUAAAUAUUAUGUGUGCGUGGAUGGUGAGGCCAACGCGAGGAAUUGUUCGAAUGGUUUACAAUUUAAUACCGAAUGUAAUUGUUGUGAUUUCCCAUCGAAAGUUAAUUGUACGAUCUCCACCCUGCAACGUAACAUCAAACCAUUUUCAAAGAGUCCACCCAAGACUGCCGAUAUUCAAUGUCCCAUUGAAGGUAUCCACUUCUUUCCACAUGUAAAUCCGCAAAAGUAUUAUUAUUGUGUGAGGGGUCGCGGCGUCGUAUUGGAAUGUACUCCAGGUCUGGUCUAUGAUAAAUCUUUGGAGACAUGUCGUGAGCCGUCUAAUGUUGGACGGGCAAAUUUGUUGAGAAUUGCAAAAAAUUAA